UCGGCAUGCACAGUCACUAAACAUUCAGUUGGCUGUUUUUAAUUAUUUUUGUGCUACCGUAUGAUCUGCUAUUUAAACAGGAAUCGUCCACUUUAAUACAUUGUUGUGAAACGGAAUAUAGGAAUUCUGAUGUGAUUAGAGUUUAUCGCAGUUACUCAAUAAAUUAAAUCAUCUGAGCAUAUCGUCUUAAUAUAUCUGAUAUUGAAUUCUUAUCGGUCAUGUGUUACGAGAAGUUAUCAAAUAUAAUAACUUGUUAUUAAUCAUCUAAUUACAUUUCUCACAUGGGAUACUAGAUUAUCCUAUUGGAUAUAACAAAUGAUCUGUAACGGUCCUAAUUAUAAAGUCAUCAAAUAUUUAGUAAUUGUUAUUUUCUAUUCAUGAACAUUGCAAAUAAAGUGUCUCCGGAAAUCUAAUGCCGAUAUAAGAAUGGUAAUAUAUCAACGAUAAAUGUACAGGAGAUUUACCUAUAAAUGUGGCGGGUUAUAUAAUGAUAAUAUUGAAGAUUUGACAGAUGGAUAUGUUAUGUGAAAUAAGUUACUACCUGUGGAUUAUCAUUCCCUGGAUUAUACAAGUAUUAGGUAGGAACGGUCCUGUAAUACCACCAAAGUUUUUACCUGUACCCAGACAUAUAACCGUCCACAGAGGGGAGACUGCAAUGUUAGAAUGUACUGUAGAAAACCUAGGAACUAAAAAAGUUACAUGGAGGAAAAUUCCUUAUAUAACGCCAAUAACAACUGGUGAACAACUAUUUGCUCAAGACAAUAGAUUCCAGGCCAAACAUAUCUCAUGGAAACAACAGUGGAAUUUAAGUAUCAAAAAUGUACAGUUACAUGAUGCAGGGGUGUAUGAAUGUCAAGUUAGUGUGCGAGGGCUGAUGCUCCGACAGAAUAUAACUUUAUCUGUGAUAGAUGCAAUAUUACCGAGAAAAGCAGAAAUAAGAAUAUCCGGAACGGAGUUUCCAGAAAAAGGAAGUUCUAUAAAACUAUUUUGUAAUGCCACGGGUACUCCGAACCCUCCCGAUGAUAUUCAAUGGUUUAAAGACGGAGAAAAACUUUUUUCAGACCCAUAUGAAAAAAUAUACAUUAAAAAGCAUUAUGCACGUAAUGCUGGUGUAUUAACUAGUUCUUUAGAAAUAAAAAGUUCGAAACUUGACGACAAUGGGACCUACAUCUGUCGAGCCACAAGUCACAGUCAAGAUGACCUUAUUACUAAGAUGAAGGUCAAUGUGUUAAGUGCUGGUUCCAACUAUGCAAAAAGAGGUACACUUAACCACACAACAAGGCCAGAAAGUGUAGACCCUCGUGAUGCAGCCAGAUUUUUAAGUUCAACAGCUGGAUUAAUUUGUACUGUCCUAUUCCUUCAAGUUAUAUUACACGUUGGUGUGUUAUCAUGAUAGUUAGACCACCGGGGUUAGACCACCGUCCAUAAACAGAUCUUUCUUUGACUCUGGUCGCUGGUGUUGUAUAAAACGGGUUUAUUUGUAACACAUCAACACUCUAUAUUUUGACAAUUUGCUUGUAAGCAUUUCAAUAGGACGUGUAGUUUAAUAGAUACAGUACAACGCAGCAAUCAUAAUGGUCAUGGCAUAGUUCUAAACAGGAAGUGAAAGUACGCAUGUCGUAUAUAACAAUUCUGUGAAGAUUUAUUUUUUACAAAUUAAGUGCAUCAUACUUUAUUCUACAUUUGUAGUCUGUUUAUAAAUAGUUUAAGAUUGAACAAGACUGCGUGCGCAUAUCAAUGUUUAUAAAUAGUUUAAGAUUUAACAAGACUGCGUGCGCAUAACAAAACUCAUUAUAUGUUAUUAUUGUAACAAUUUCUGCAUUUGCUUAAUUUUGAAACAAAGUUAAAUAUUAUAUUUGUCGAUUAACAACUCAUUACAUGUACCAUAUUAAAUAACAUUUGCUUAUUCAUUUUCAUGUCACAAAAUGUUUAUAUGCAUUAAGUUAAAAUGUAAUACUUACUUU